AUGGUUCACUCUCGUAAGGCUUUGCUCGUGGCUCUGCCAAUGGCAGCUGCCUACCCUUGGGCUAUGGAGGCUUCUUCCAACAUGGAGAAGCGACAACAGUCGACCGAGCCACCUGCACGAGAGCCACUCUUCUUGUCUGGACGACCAAAUACUAGCCCCGCAGGCGCAGCAGUAUUUGAUGCGGAGGAUCAAUUCGUCGAUACUCGUCCCGGAUCCGGCCACGAAUUUCAGUCACCAACUGCAGGCCAAAUUCGAGGACAAUGCCCCGGUUUAAACGCUGCUUCCAACCAUGCGUAUCUUCCUCGCUCCGGCAUCGUGAGCAUCGCUGAUACGAUCACCGGUCUUGGUGAGGCCUUCGGCAUGUCUCCAGAUCUGUCCCUCUUCCUGGCAGUCUUGUCUGUAGCAAUCGCCGGAGAUCCUGUCGCCGGCACCUGGAGUAUUGGUGGGGAAUACAGGCCAACAGUCCCAUUGCUUACGGGCCGUGCCACCGGUAUCGCCGGCACACACAACCAAUACGAGUCCGAUGCCUCCAUUGUCCGUGGUGAUGCCUACCUCAAUGGCGGCAACGUCGGCGUUUUCCAGAUGCGCAGCUGGGAGCGCCUCUACGGCUUGGGCGAGGAGUACACGUUGGACAUGGUAGCUGGCCAGUCUGACUACGUCACACGCUGGUCCAUCCAGAACAACCCAUACUACUUCUCUGCACCAUUCGCUGGUCUCGUGGCUCCUGCCGCUCACGACUUCGUCAUCAACUUCAUGAGCAACCGCUCUGCGGAGAACCCAGACGGCGUACUCAACCGUGACGUUUUGAAGCAGUUUUUCGGCGUCACCGGUGAGCCUGGCUCAUUCGUUCACAACCGUGGCCAAGAGCGCAUCCCAGAUAACUGGUACCGCCGCACCUCUACGUCUCUGUACAACAUCCCCGAGGUCGUUGCAGACGUCUUCGUAAACAACGCCAUGUACCCAGGUAUUGUCCGCUUCGGAGGUAACACUGGCACCACCAACUCCUUCACUGGUGUCGAUAUUACCGACCUGUCUGGUGGCGCUCUCAACGCCCAAUCACUUCUCGAGGGCAACAACGCCGCAUGCUUCUUCUUGCAGGCUUCUCAACAAGGCAUUCCAGACGCUCUCGACCCAGCUCUCGGUGCUAUCGGCUCUGUCGCCAACUGGGCUGCUCAGCAGCUCGGACCCAUUUCCGACAAGCUCGCUUGCCCACAACUCGUCGACUUCGAGAGCGCUCUGUUCGAUCAAUUCCCAGGCGCCAGCUUCAAGGCUGAGGGCCAGAGUGGACCAAAGGGUGGAUUCCUCGGCGGUCUCCUCGGUUAA